AAGGGAGCCGCGCGGGUGAGGCUUCCUUAAUUUAAUUAGACGUAACGGCAUCAACAAACGCACGAAAGUGCGCCGGCGGCUGACUUCUUUAGUUCAAUCUGUGCCGACGAAGAGAAAGGUGCAAAUAUCUGUCCCCCUUUCGAACCACCACACACAAUUAUCAGGACGUGAGUCUUUUCUGUUUGCUUUUCUGUUUGCUACUCGUCGUUCAGUUCCUCCAGCCUUCUUUAUUUUUCGUUGAUUCGAUUAAAAAUUGAGGAGUUCCACGCAAGAGCGAGGCAGCUCGCGAUUUAUAAGAUCUAUUUUAAACGUUAAAUUUACAAGGGCCUAAAGAUAAAUCUUGCAAAUUAGCGAGCGUGUUUCCUUGUUGCAGGGAACACUUUCCUUCAUCGAUUUCGAAUAAUUUCUUUAAGUGUUUGGUUUGCGUUAUGCUUUAAUUUCUCCUUGCUUACGAUUUUCAGUUUCAGGUGUUUUUAAGUUCGUUAGUAGUUUGUACUUACGAUCGGCACGCUUAAGCACGUAUAGAACAAAUAAAAACGAGAUAAUCGAGCGGACAUGACGACGAAAGUCGACGCUCACGCAAUGAAGCAGGACAGUUCGGCGAUGAACAGCAAAGAGUGCUCCACCGGGGCGAAGGUGAAGCGCAAAUCCAGGUCUAGGAGACGCUUGAACGCGAUGAUGAGCAACGCGUCGCUUCACUUCUCCGACACGGAUUCCGAGGGCGAGCUGACGGUGAUCACGAGCAAGAUCGACAGACUGAACUCCGUCAUGCAAGCCAUGAACAGCCAAGGCAGUCCGCUGAUCUCCGUGACCGUCACGGAGGAUGACGAUCCCGAGACGAGGCUCAUUAAGAACAACUUGGACUACCUGAUAGCCGAUGGCGAGGCCAGGUCGCAUUCGAGGCGCAGCAGCAUCGCGGAAGCGCUCACCGACGUCGAUGAGAUCUACAGCGACCCGGAGAUCGAGGAGAAGGAUACCGAGAUCAACCUAAAGGUCGCCGACAACGGUUACCAAGAGGAGACGGAUCUGGAGGACCUGGAGGGUGAUGAGGACAUUCAAGAGACGAUCUACGUCACGCCGAGGUCGGACAUCCUGAUGGAUCUUUACGGCGAGACAAUCACCACGAAGGAGGGCGAUGGACCGUUUUCUGUGGAAGUGCGGAACCGACUGUCGCAUGAGCAGAUCUCAAUCGACAGAGGGAAUGCUGAGGACACGCUGGACAUGCCAGACACCGACAGCGAGGACAUGGAAGCGUCCGAGGACGAGACGAAGCUGGACGAGGCCGCCUCUCUCUACUGUCGCAUGUAUGACGAGAUCGAUCUUAUGGUCGGCUCGCAGAUCGUCAUGACCAAUAAAAUGGAGAACACGCUGCACGUGCCGAACACCGUCGAGGAGGCUAUCAGCGAUUGCCAUACCGACAUCGAGGAUGUAGAUUAAAAUUUGAUAAAAUAGUGAUGGAGAAAGUGGAACAUGAAUAAAAUUGUCGAAAGGAAAAGUUGUUCGCAGCAGAUAAGACUUUGGGAGUUCCAGAAGGAUUUUCUGUUUCUAUGAUUUUUUCGAUAAUGUGGGAAAUAGCGUAUUAGAAUCGACGGAGUAUCGUUGUUAAUGAGAUAUUAAUGAAAAUAAAGAUCUAUUGAUCGACGCAAUCGGA